UGCACCUGCCGGGGAGGAGCGGCGCGGAGCGGCUCGGCUCGGCGGAGCUAUGCCGGCGGCCACGGCGCCGGGGCUGGAGGUGCCGCGAACCCCCGCGCCCGGCCGGGACAGCGGCGGCCCGCGCGGAUACACAGGGCAGUGUGGCCGUGUCUUCCCUCCCCAGCUUGGCACACUACAGAUCGUUCACGGCAACGGCACGGCCGUGGGGACAGUGAUAACAUUCCAGUGCUCUGCUAAGCACCAGCUGGAGGGACCAGGGGUCAUCACCUGCGUUUGGAAAGAGAACAGCACGCAGUGGACAGCUGGAGUGCCCUCCUGCAAGCCCAUAUCAAAAUAUGAGACUUUUGGAUUUAAGGUGGCAGUGAUUGCAUCCAUUGUGAGCUGUGCUGUCAUUCUGCUGAUGUCCAUGGCCUUUCUAACCUGCUGUCUUAUCAAGUGUGUGAAGAAAAGUGAAAGGAGGAGGACUCAAAGGAACAUGCAGCUGUGGUACCAGCUCAGAGCUGAAGAACUGGAGCACAUGCAAGCUACUUAUUUUGGGCUCAAGGGAAGAAACAAUAACAAUAACAAGAAACUCAGGAAUAAAUCCACGUGUGGUGAUGUGACUAACAUGGCAUAUGAUAACCAAGGCUUCCACAGGUUCCAGGAGGAGUGGACUCGGGACAUCACAGCUCCUGGCUGUUGCAAAGCCAAUGAUGAUCUGCCUACUUUAGCCAAGAGUGUGGGUGCCCCAGGGAAACCAGCUGUGCCAGGACACACCACUGCAGUGCAGACAACGAGCUCAAUACAUGUCGUUGAAGUCUAUGGACAUCAGCACAGCUACAGCAAACCAAACUGUCAGAUACCUGGGUAAGCUGGUGUCUGAAGGACAACUGCUCCUCUGGACCAAAUACAUCUAGAUAGAAAAAUGUGCCUUAAGGACAACAUAGAAAGUGAAUUAUUCAUAUGAAUUGGAAAGUUUUCUAUAUUCCAAGGUGGUUAAUUAAGAGAAAUGCUUCCAGAUCUGAUAGAAAUAACAGAAUAAAUGUGGAGGCUGGCAGUCCACAGCCAUUCUCUGCAGAGGUAUUGUGACCAUGGCAAAGGCAUAGUUAUCCUUCUGUACAGCUAGGGAAGUGGUAGCCAGUUUGUAGGUUUGCCUCAUACAAAGUCAGUGAUGAUAAUUACAUGUUCAUAGAGUUGCAACCUGCUCUUAACCAGUGCUUUUUGUAAGCAUUUCAGGAUGAAAAACCCCCCAUAUUUUUACACCUUAGUAUGAGAAAGCUACAAUAAAACGUUGGUUUUAAUUAAA